AUAUACACAUAUUUUUGCCUCAACUUUUUCACCCAUCAUUCUGCAUAUUUUUAACUGUAUUCCACGAUUUCUUUAGUUCCAUUCGAACUUCUAUAUUAGCAAGUAAUGUUUUAUAUACAUACAGUACAUACAUACCUGUAAGAACUACAGCAAAGGUGCUCAACUUGGAUUGGAUAGAUGGAACAGUCGCCAAUAACAUGCCAACUUCAACGGCGGCCAAAAAUCAAGUUCAGCAUAACCCAUAUAACGGUCUUCCAUAUACGCCACGUUAUCAUGAAUUUUAUAAGAAGAGAAUAACUCUUCCAGUAUUCGAGUAUAGAACAGACUUCAUGAGGCUCUUAGCGCUGCAUCAAUGCAUUGUCUUAGUUGGUGAAACUGGAUCUGGUAAAACUACUCAGAUACCGCAAUGGUGUGUCGAAUACUCAAGAUCUAUGGGUACGAAAGCUGUGGCUUGUACUCAGCCGAGAAGAGUAGCUGCCAUGUCAGUUGCCCAGAGGGUGUCAGAAGAAAUGGAUGUUGCUUUGGGUCAAGAGGUAGGCUACAGCAUCCGUUUUGAGGACUGCAGCUCUGCAAAUACUGUGCUUAAGUACAUGACGGAUGGUAUGCUGCUUCGAGAAGGGAUGUCUGACCCCAUGCUCGAAGCGUAUCAAGUAAUCUUAUUAGAUGAGGCUCAUGAAAGAACACUGGCGACAGAUUUAUUGAUGGGAGUUUUAAAAGAAGUUGUGAAACAGCGUCCAGAUCUGAAAUUGGUUAUAAUGAGUGCGACUCUAGACGCAGGAAAAUUUCAACAGUACUUUGAUAAUGCACCAUUGAUGAACGUUCCUGGUCGAACGCAUCCUGUAGAGAUAUUUUACACACCAGAACCAGAAAGGGAUUAUUUGGAGGCUGCAAUUAGAACAGUAAUACAGAUUCACAUGUGCGAAGAAGUGGCUGGCGACCUUCUCUUAUUUUUGACUGGACAGGAGGAGAUCGAGGAAGCUUGUAAGAGAAUCAAGAGAGAAAUGGACAAUCUAGGACCUGAAGUUGGAGAGCUGAAAUGCAUUCCCUUGUAUUCCACACUUCCACCGAAUCUUCAGCAAAGAAUAUUCGAACCCGCUCCACCUACUAAACCUAACGGAGCUAUUGGAAGAAAAGUUGUAGUAUCCACAAAUAUUGCAGAAACUUCAUUGACCAUUGAUGGUGUUGUUUUUGUCAUUGAUCCAGGGUUUGCGAAGCAAAAGGUCUAUAAUCCGAGAAUUCGCGUAGAGUCUUUGUUGGUAUCGCCAAUCAGUAAAGCAUCUGCGCAACAGCGAGCUGGUAGAGCAGGUCGAACUCGUCCAGGGAAAUGUUUUCGGCUUUAUACAGAAAGAGCAUACAAAAAUGAGAUGCAGGACAACACGUAUCCAGAAAUUCUUCGUUCAAAUCUCGGCAGUGUUGUUUUGCAAUUGAAAAAGCUUGGAAUUGAUGAUCUGGUUCAUUUUGACUUCAUGGAUCCUCCAGCGCCUGAAACACUUAUGAGAGCACUGGAGCUGCUCAACUACUUGGCGGCGCUUGAUGACGACGGAAAUUUAACAGACCUAGGUGCAGUUAUGGCUGAAUUUCCGCUCGACCCUCAGCUGGCAAAAAUGUUAAUAGCUUCAUGUAACCAUAACUGCAGUAAUGAAAUACUCAGCAUCACCGCGAUGCUCUCAGUCCCACAGUGUUUUGUGAGACCAAACGAGGCCAAGAAAGCUGCAGAUGACUCAAAAAUGCGGUUCGCGCAUAUCGAUGGCGAUCAUCUGACUCUUCUUAAUGUAUAUCAUGCCUUUAAACAGAAUAUGGAAGAUCCGCAAUGGUGUUAUGAGCAUUUUGUGAACUACCGAUCACUUAAGAGUGGAGAUAACGUUAGACAGCAAUUAAGUAGGAUCAUGGACAGGUUCAGUUUAAAACGUACGUCAACCGAUUUCACGUCCAAAGACUAUUACAUAAACAUCAGAAAGGCAUUGGUCAACGGAUUCUUCAUGCAGGUUGCACAUUUAGAAAGGACGGGACACUAUCUUACAAUAAAAGACAAUCAGGUUGUGCAAUUACAUCCGAGCAGUUGCCUUGACCAUAAACCUGAGUGGGUAAUCUACAACGAAUUCGUGCUUACGACAAAAAAUUACAUCAGGACAGUAACAGACAUAAAACCCGAUUGGUUACUUAAAAUCGCACCCCAAUACUACGAUUUGCAGAACUUCCCUCAAUGCGAAGCUAAAAGACAGCUUGAAGGUAUUCAAACGCGACUAGAUUCGAAACAGUAUCAAGAAGGCUUCUAACGUUGUUCGCUUUUAGCCACGUUACCAAUCACUAACAACGGCUGUGACCAGCCCAGUCCUUCGAGCAUGUAAACUCUUUUUUUUAUUCAUUAAAAAAAAACCGAAAUAGAGGUAAAGCAUUUUUUCAAACGAUCUUAGGCCAAGUUCAUCUCCUGUUACAACAUAAACGUUAUUCUCAUAAUUGGCAAUGAUAUUCAUGCUGAAGGACUUAUAAACUCGAUGUCUAUCCUAUUGCUCAGGAUAAAUCGUCAGGAUACUUAUAUCCAUCAACCGCUGGAUCCAUCCAACCCUAAGUACCAGUGGGCUUAAUUUAUACAAUUUCAAAAAAGCGUAGCUGUUUGAUAGUUUUAAAAGGAAAAUACAAUUACAAACAGAAGAGAAAUUGUUGAUAGGGUCGUUCAUAAUGUAUGUAGCCAAAGUUGAUAUACCUUACCGACACACACCACUGCACUAUAAAUAAUAACUUACUAUCUAUCAGUUCGGAUAUUUAACGAAACAAAUGUUAUUGUUAGUUACUUUUCUUGUCACUAUCCCCUUUGAAACGCAAAAUCAAGUUGUCGACUGUACCCAAAAAGUGAGUACGUGAUCACAUCGACCAAUUUUGUGAUCCAUUUAUUAUAGGAUACCUCACCACCCUUUGUGUAUACUGUUUUAUACCUACCCAAAUUGAAGUAACGAAUAAAUUUUAUUGAAUUACUAUUUAGCUCACUAUUCCACUUGAAAAAUUGCUACACGUUGGUGACUGUUCGUCAUAACACAUUUAUAAUAAUAAUGGCUGUGGUCUGUAUUGAAGUUUCCGUUGUUUCGCUCUGUAUUACUGACAGAAGCACAGGAAAAUUUUCAGAGAACAAAAAAAUUAAUAAAACACAAGGAACGGAAAUAUUGUGUCAAGUUAUUCGUUCAAUGUUGAUUAAUGAUUGUUGAUGUAAUAGAGAUUUCAUUUCUUAAAAAUAAGUUAAAAACUACUUUGAAAUUUGGAAAAAAAAAACUAACACCAGGAGUGCAGACUGUUUUUUCGUUGAAACGUGACUUCACGUUAGGAUAGAAAAAGCUUUAGCUGACACAGUUUAGCGCGUAUGUGUAUAAUUGAUCAUAAUGAGUUACUUUUCAAUUCAAUUAUUUACCUAUGUACAUCAACGUAUAUUACCGUAAUACCACGAGUCUACACCCCGUUCGAAUUUGUAUAAGUAAUUAUUUUAACCGCUUGGGAACGGUGAAUUAGAGUUUAUUGAGUAUGUUCAAUGCACUCGUACACCUUUCCAUGGAUAGGGUACAUUCGUAUUGUUAAGAUCGAUAUUUUCUCUUUUACGCAAUAAAAAAAAAAAAGAAACUACUAACCACCAUGAGUUAAAAAAAUACAUUAUUACGGUAAUGUAUCUAAUGAUGUUUUACGUGUUUGACGCCAGAUGAUGGGUCGCUUUUUUCAAAUUUUGUACAUAUAAUAGCGUUUCAUUAUGCUGUAUCACUUCAUUCCAAUAAAACGAAGUAUACCUGUAACAUUCAUGCAUUUUUAUCACUCUUAUUUCAAUUUCAUGGUUUUUACUUGUGCACGUUUUAAUGAUGUUCAACUAAGUCGUGCUCAAAGGAUGAUGAGGUUUUAAAACUCGUCAGCAAAUAGUAAUUAACAAUUUGUUUAUUUAAUUAUUAUAUAUAUACAGCGAGUAUCAAAAUUUGAAGAAGAAAUCAACGAGCGAAUACGAAAUAUCGGUUUGUAUGUACAGCGAAUACAAGGUAUUGCUCGGAAUUAUUUAUAUUAUUGAGUUAAGGUAUAAACAGAUACACAUAUGUUGCGACUCCUACACUACUAAAAUUUUUUAACGUUCAAAAAUAGGAAAUAUAUAUAUAUUAACAAAUCAGUUUGACUUUUGUCAAAAGAAAAUAUUUUACUUUUCAAUAUCGCUCCAUAUAACGCAUCAGUCGUUAGUCACUCGUAUUGUGUUUUUUCUCAAUUUAGUGAAGGAAACUUGUGAGAAAAGAGAAAAACCUCGAGUCAUUUCAUUUUGGUAAUAUACAAGAUUUUAUUUCUCUCUGCUCUGACCAAGAAAAAUGUGAUCAAUACUUCUGAUCCAUUGAUAGCUGGAAGGAAACCAAUGGCAUACGUAUUUAUAAACUAGAAGUUUAUCGGUUAUUAUACUGUAUAGGUACAUUUUUAUACGAAUUACAACGUUCAAACGAUUACCAAAUAACAAGUAUAUUCGAUAUCAAAACAUCAAGAAACUUUGUUGAAUGUUAAUUCUUUCAUGCCAGCUGUUAUGAAGUAGUACGUGGCACAGUUUUUCUUUUCUUUGCAAUAGAAAAUUCAAAUGUAUAACAAUUGAUCUUUGACAUUUAGUGUCAAUCCUAGAGUCAAGUAACUCGAAAAUGAUCAAUUGUUAUUUAAUUAACUUUCUAUCCAAUACUUAAUACUUAGCCAUUAGUCAUAUGAUUACAACAAGAAAAAGAAAUUGUGCAAAAAUAAUUCGUUUAUCCCUACUAUAUCAGUUUGCACAUCUUAUAAGGGAACUUUUUUAAUGGUUCACGAUACAUCGUAUAUUCGUAUCAUAUAUUUAAAAAGAGCUUACACAUUUCUAACUUACAAAAAUAUAUAGCUUGUAGUAAAGAGUAAAUCCUAAUUAAAAAUCAGAACAAAAAAACGGUUCUUUUUACAAAAUCUACGCGCGCUACCAUAAAAAAAAGGGAAAAAUGCACAGCUUUUAUCUCGCACGCAUGAACUAGAUAACCACAUUGACAAAAAUUUUCACAAUAAAUUUAACAAUCUUUCAAACCACGUUACAUUAUUUUUUGAUUCUAUCGCAUCUUUUUUCAAUCACUACAAACUUCUUUGGCAUACUAUUUGCAAUGAUAGUUAAGAAUGCUAUAGAUAGAAGUUUGGGUUGAUAAUGAGACAUGUAGCAUCCUCUGGACCAGUGGACAAAAUAGAGAUAAAUCUAGAACUCUAUACUGUCUCCUCCAUCUCUUGCAUCAAUAGAUGGAUUAAACAAAACAGUGAUUAUUUGUACAGGUAUUCUCGUCAAUGUAAAACCUGCCACAAAAUGGACAUA